AACUAACUGCUGCUUCCCAACCCCGUCCAGCCUACCGCUCUCUGGACGUCAUCUCCCAUGCUCCUUUUGUUUUUACCCCUCCGGAAUUGAUCACUCUUGCGACCUCUUACAAUCUACAUCCUUCACCAUGGCUGACAUGCCCAUUGUGCUCGACGGAGGAACUGGUUUCCUCAAGGUCGGAUAUGCUGCGCAGAACUUCCCCGAGCACCAGUUCCCCUCGAUAGUGGGGCGGCCCAUAUUGCGAACGGAGGAGCAGGCCGGCGACAUUGUCGUCAAGGAUAUCAUGUGCGGAGAUGAAGCUGCUGCUGCCAGAUCUAUGCUGCAAAUCACCUACCCUAUGGAGAAUGGUAUCGUGAAGAGAUGGGACGACAUGCAACAUCUAUGGAAUUACACCUUUUACGAGAAGAUGAAGAUCGAUCCUACGGGCCGCAAGAUCCUCUUGACUGAGCCCCCCAUGAAUCCCCUGAAGAACCGGGAGCAAAUGGCUGAGGUUAUGCUGGAAGGCUACAACUUUGGAGGUGUAUACGUUGCUAUUCAAGCUGUGCUUGCAUUAUACGCCCAGGGUCUCAGCAGUGGUGUGGUCGUUGACUCCGGUGACGGUGUCACCCACAUUAUCCCCGUCUACGAAUCUACAGUCCUUAACCACCACAUUCGCCGACUUGAUGUCGCCGGUCGCGAUGUCACCCGUAACCUCAUCGCCCUCUUGCUCCGUCGCGGUUAUGCCUUGAACCGUACCGCCGACUUCGAGACCGUGCGCCAGAUCAAGGAGAAGCUCUGCUACGUGUCCUACGAUCUCGAGUUGGACAAGAAGCUCUCCGAGGACACCACCGUCCUUGUCGAGUCCUACACCCUCCCCGAUGGUCGCGUCAUCCGCGUCGGUAGCGAGCGCUUUGAAGCCCCCGAAUGUCUCUUCCAGCCGCACCUGGUGGAUGUCGACCAACCCGGUAUCGCCGAGUUGCUCUUCAACACCAUCCAGGGCGCCGAUGUCGACGUGCGCUCCAGUCUCUACAAGGCUAUCGUGCUGAGUGGAGGAAGCAGCAUGUACCCCGGUCUGCCUUCCCGGUUGGAGAAGGAGCUCAAGCAAUUGUGGCUCACACGGGUCCUGCAAGGCAACCCGGAGAGGUUGAACAAAUUCAAGGUGCGCAUCGAGGACCCGCCGCGACGAAGACACAUGGUCUUCCUGGGAGGUGCCGUCCUCGCCAACCUGAUUGCCGACAAGGAGGAUAUGUGGGUUACCAAGCAAGAGUGGCAGGAACAGGGUGCACGUGCCCUGGCCAAGCUCGGCCCUAGAUAGUUGUCUCUUUCAUUCAGUACAUAUGUUGUAUAUUUCAUUUCCAACCUUACCUACCGACUACCUAUCAUUACCUACCAUCUAUCGGGGAUUCCGGUUUUCCCGCGCUGCGAACUGAACAAAAUCACCUCCAUCUUACGCCUUCCCCGAGCAGCCUCUUUUCCCCCCCACCCCCUCCUUCCUCAUGUUCUAUUUCCAUAGCUCCGUCAUUUGUCCCAUACUACGUACAUACAAUUAUAGCUUUUCUGGCGUGUCGGGGAGAUUGAGUUAAGUAAGGCCGGCUUGGUGUCAUGUCAUGUCAUCUAGCAUGUGAAGAAAUGACUGAAUCGAGCUGGCUUGUAUGUCUAUCUUUUCCUCCUUACGAUCGGUCCUUUCCUUCUCCUCAGUAAAC